AUGGAGCAGACCAAGGCUCUGAAUGCCCUGGAGCCCUUCAUCGUACUCACCAAGUCUGCAACUGCACCCCGCGCUGCCGCCGACUUGGUCACCAGGGCCACCUCGGCAUCUGGCACCUACGUAUUCGCCGAGCUUCUCGAGACGCCCCAGAUUCAAGCUCUAGCAGAGUCCCCAGAAUAUGCUGCAUAUUUCACCCAACUACAAAUAUUCUCAUACGGCACAUAUGCCGACUACAUGUGCAAGGCUGACCUGCCCGCCUUGAACGAGCAGCAAACGCUGAAGCUCCGCCAGCUCUCUCUGCUGACUCUCGCAAAGAACCCGCACAACCUCAGCUAUGCGUCCCUGCAGUCCGCCUUGGGACUGACUGACGCUCGUGCCGUGGAGGAGCUGGUUAUCAGCGCUAUUUAUGCCGACCUAAUCCAGGCCCAGCUCGACCCUCGCAACCAGGCAGUAUUAGUCUCUUCGGUGUCACCCCUGAGAGAUCUCGCACCCGGUUCUAUCCCCUCCAUGCUAGCCAACCUGCAGGAAUGGUCGGGCCGAUGUACAUCGACGCUCGCUGAUUUAGAGGCACAAAUUCAGGCCAUAAAGGAGACUGCAGCCGCCCGCCACCUCGAGAAGAAGCAAUGGAAAGAGGAAACAGACAAGUUGGUUGCCGCUCAGGCAGAUACGGACAACAAGGGCAAGGACGGCGCACACAGCCACAACCAGCCAAGGCUCAUUAGUCGUGCUGCCGCGGCAUUCCGAAGUGGUCGUGGUAAGAGAGAGCGCCCCGGUUCGGCGGCCUACGUAUUUGAGGAUGCAGGUUUUGAUGAGAUGGACGUCGAUGAUGAAGACGAUCCAGAAGACGGCCCUGCAGACAGUAUGGCAGGAACGUCGGGAGGAAAGAAACGGGCAAGCCGGCGAAAGCUCUAG